AUGGCAUCUACAAAACCUUGCCAGAACAAGGUUCAAGACAAGGUUGCUAUCCUAACGGGAGGUGCAAGUGGCAUAGGCGAGGCCACCGUGCUUGCCUUUGCUGAAAAGGGCCAAGAGCUUGCAGAAUCCAUCGGAACUAACAGAUCCACUUACAUCCAUUGUGAUGUAACUGAUGAAAACCAAGUCAUAUCCCUUGUGGAAUCCACUGUUCAACUUUAUUGUCACCUUGAUGUAAUAUUCUGCAAUGCUGGCAUUGCAAGCUUUGGUAAGCAAAAUGUUCUUGACUUCGGUUGA